GCGCUGUCCUCGGCCAGUGGAUCCAGCUCUCCCCGCUGCGCCUCGCGGGACCUGCUCUGCUCCGCCAGAGGAUGAAGAGGAGGCCCGCGGAAGGUGUGUGGACUCUGUAGCAGCAGAAGACCUGGCGUGCUCCUGGUCCUGGUCCCGGUCCUGGUCCCGGUCUUGGUCCUGGUCCCGGUCCUGGUCCCGGUCCUGGUCCCGGUCCCGCCGGCCCAGCCAGCCAUGAGCUAGAGCGGCAUCGCAGGCCGCCGCUGCACUCGCCCCGCUCCAUGAGCCAGCAGGAUGCGGCCGAGGUCCUGGCGCUGUCCGAGCGCCUCCUCGUCGCCUCGCACAAGGGCCAGGCCGACAGCGUGGUCCAGCUGAUCAACAGGGGCGCCAAGGUCGCCGUCACCAAGUAUGGCAGGAGCCCGCUGCACCUGGCUGCCUACAAAGGCCACGUGGAGGUGGUGCGUCUGCUGCUGGCCGCCGGCUGCGACCUGGACAUCCAGGACGACGGGGAGCAGACGGCGCUGCACCGAGCUGCCGUGGUGGGACACAGCGACGUCCUGGCCGCUCUGGUCCAGGAGGGCUGCUCUCUGGACAGACAGGACAAGGAUGGAAACACGGCGCUGCACGAGGCGUCCUGGCACGGCUUCAGCCAGUCCGUCAAACUGCUGGUGAAGGCUGGAGCCAACGUGCACGCCAAGAACAAGGCAGGAAACACGUCCCUCCACCUGUCCUGUCAGAACGGACACUCUCAGAGCUGCAGGGUUCUGCUCCUGGGGGGGUCCCGGCCCGACACCAAGAACCACGCUGGAGACACCUGUCUGCACGUGGCGGCUCGCUACAGCCACGUGGCGGUGGUCCGCAUCCUGCUGGGGGCGCUGUGCUCCGUGUCCGAGAAGAACCUGGUGGGAGACUCUCCGCUGCACGUGGCCGCCGCCCUCAACCACAAGAAGACGGUGGGCCUGCUGCUGGAGGCCGGCGCCGACGGCCGCAUCUGCAACAACGCCGGUCACACAGCGUUGGAUCUGGCCCGAGAACACAACAACCCAGAAGUGGCUCUGCUGCUCACCAAGGCUCCUCAGGUGCAGAGCUUUGUGCGUGGCAGGACUGUGAGGAAGAGGAGGGACCGGCUGCGGGCCGAGGGCCGGGCUCAGUCGGUGCCCAGAGACCAGAUGCUCCCCUGUCAGGACAGCGCUUCGGCUGCAGACGAUUCGCAGAGCAGCGAGCGGGCGGCGUGCCGACAACCCGAGGCCGCCGACACCAGCAGCAGGAGGCCCAAGAGCAGGAGGCAGAAAGACAAGCCGUCCCUGUCGGAGCCUCUGCGUCGGAGGGAGAUCAAGCACGGCGACGCCUUUCUGAAGCGGAGGGCCAAACUUCGAGGAGCCCCCCCCCAGGCCCCCCCUCCCCACAGCUACAAGGCCUACCAGCUCUACACGCUGUACCGGGGCAAGGACGGCAAGAUCAUGCAGGCUCCUCUGAACGGCUGUCGAUGUGAGCCUCUGAUCAGUAAACUGGAGAACCAGCUGGAGGCCACCAAGGAGGAGAUGAAGACGGAGAUCCACACCGUCCAGGACCUGAUGAACAGCAAGAUGGGGAAGCUGGACCGCAGGAACCGGCACCAGAUCCGAGCUCUGGAUAAGCUGACAGUGGAGCGUGUGUCGGCGGAGAGGAGUGAGUGUGAGCAGAGGAUGGAGCAGCGAGCGCUGCAGCAGCGGGCGGAGGCCGACAGGAGACAGGCGUCUCUAGCCACUGAGCUGAAGACUUGGUGUGUGUCCAAGCUGCAGAACAUGGAGGUCCGUCUGGCCGGAGACCCCCCCCGUCUCCAGCUGGCCGGCUCGUCCUCGGAGGCUGACGGUCUGACCGACGCCCCCCCGACCCCCCUGACCCCCCUGACCCCCGUCACCGUGCCGCCCGGCGGAGAGGAGGCCGGCCCCCGGAACCCGGAGCUCCCCGGCAGCCCUGCGGUCCCGGCUCCCCCCUGGGGGGAGUCCGGCGUGGCAGAGGGGGGGUCGGCCAACCCCUACUUCGUGGUCCACAUGGAGAGUUCUCCAGACGGAGACAAGGCCCGCGGCCCCCCCUCCUCCACCCAGGUGGUCCGGCCCAAGGAGCGCCCCCUGGGGGGGGCUAACCAGCAGCAGAGGAGGACCGUCCAGGACCUGGGCCGGGGGGACUUCAGCCCACACAGGUCCAGCAGCCUGUCCCCCGCUGCAGAGCGCCCCGGCAGCCGGACUGGGGGACGGGAGGGGGAGGGGCAGGGGGAGGGGGGCCGCCACCGCGGGAGGCACCGCCACAGGCGGUCCCAGGCCAGGACUAAGUCCGGAGGGCCCCCGGGGGAGGCGGGGCCGUCCUUCGCCCAGGAGCGGGACAGCAUGCACGCCCUGGAGGUGACCCAGCUGUUCUUCGAGGCCGUGGCGGCGCAGAUGGAGCGCUGGUACGAGAGGAAGGUGGAGGAGGCGCGGCGCCAGGCCGGCCGCCGGGCACAGGCCGAGCGCGCCGCGCUGGAGCACCGCAUCGCCCAGCUGGAGGACGAGCUGCGCACACUCAGGACCCGCGGCCCCGACCACUGCUGAG